AGAAGAGAGAGGGAGAGAGGGAGAUAAUUCUUAUGUUCUAUUUAACAGGGGCUCGUGUAGGAUUUGCGUGGCCAGACUGAAACAAAGAUCAGAAGGCCUCUCUGGUGUUGUUCAGAGGGCCGGGCCAAAUGUGUAGGCGGGCCGUAUCUGGCCCGCGGGCCUUAGUUUGAGGACCACUGCUCUUGGCUGUUGAUGUCUAUCAAUAUCGUUCAUUUUGAAAAUGACGUCAGAGGGCAGUACGGAUCCGUAUCAGACCAGCGAGGAGGGCGAUACGUGGCUGGCAUGACGACCCAUUAGCCAAUCAGAACGCUUGUACUGUUGUUGCUAUAUAAUAAUUCAUCUUUAUUCAUAAAGAACAUGUAAGCUAGCGGUCUGAUGCUGCCAGAGGAGACGCAGGUUGAGGAUGUAUUGCAUCAUCAGUGUAUUGAUGCUAAUGCUUCAACUCUGUCAGAAUUCUUUUUUGCCAUUGGGUGCCCUUUUUUUGGGUUUGAGCACCUGCCCCCUAAAAUGUCUGAGCACGUGCCUGGCUACAGAUGUAUGUGAUUAGGAGUUUAUAUAUUUAAUUGUCUUGUAUUGUUGCAGCUGUUUCUAUUAUUGUGUCCCACCUAUGGUGUUACUGUUUAACACACACAGAGUAACACACUAAACACACACAGAGUAUCACACUAAACACACACAGAGUAACACACUAAACACACACAGAGUAACACACUAAACACACAGAGUAUCCACACUAGUUGUGCUGCUGUUCUUAAUAAUAAUAAUAAUAAUAAUAAUAAUAGAUGCAGAGUAAAUUAGUCACCUCUGUAAUGACGAGGCAAAACUUGAUAAAAACAAAUCUUCAGAGGCGUUUUGAAAGCUGAAGGAAAGUUGUUGUUUCUCCUCAGAAGCGCUUCGUGCCGUUUGUUCGGUUUCCCAGGUGGUGGUGAUGGAAGGAGACAACUUCACUCUCCUCAGUCAGGUGGAUCCCACGGAGAACCUCCAGAACCGCACGGUGGAAUGGAAGAAGGGCCUUCACGUGGUGGUCUUCUUAUAUCGGCACCGGAAGCCAGACCUGGACAGCCAGAGCGUCCAGUUCAAGGACAGGACGACUUUCCUCGGAAACCUGAGCACAGGAAUCAGGUCGGUGCAGGUGUCCUCGGCGACUCUGGAAGACACUGGAGAAUACAGGUUUUACGUCACCAAGCGGAACCUCAGAUGCUUCGUCAACGUCAUUGUUGUCAACAGAACCCGACAGAACCCGACAGAGUCCAGCUCCACUCCAGUGACAGAAGAACCAGAAUCAGAAGAUCGAGUCGCUGCAAAGGACUCGACUGUCUGGAGACUCGUCAUCAUCAUUGUCAUCGUCAUCAUCAUCAUCAUCAUCGUCGCCGCUGUUUUUCUGUGGAAUCGUAAAGCAAUCUGGAAGAAGGUCAAAGGAUGGAGGACGGCGACGCCCGGCGUCGGCAUGGAAACCGUGACGACCCAACAAACGGAGGCGGGCGAAGAGCGUCGCGUCGAGGCCGCAGAGCCGCUGGUCGCUGACGAGGACCGCGCUGAGCAUUUGAACAAGGGGGCGUUACCAGAUGCAUGAUGGGAAAACCGCCUGGCCCGUCGCCGGAUCAAAGAGCUGACUGCCUCUCGCUUUUUAUAAACGAAAUCCACGUUUUUGUAGAAAAAAUAUGAAAUGUUGCCUGUUGAAUUAGACAAUUUACGAAAGCAAUAUGUAAAUUAGGAUUUACUAAUAUAUAGGGAUGGGAAUCGAGAACCGGUUCCGUUUUAGAACCGGUUCCCAGUGAACCGAUUGUUUGGGAUCGUCAGCCACAUUCUUUAAGGUUCUUUAACGGUUCUCUAACGGUCCUCUGUGGCGUUGCGCAUGCGCAAACUUUUUUAGUUUCUUCUUCAGACUGCAGCAAACAUGGCAACUAGGCAGAGGCGUUCUAAAGUUUGGCUCCAUUUCACACGACAAAAUGUGCUCGGCUCGGCCAGGUGAAAAAAAUAAAUAAUCGGAACGCGUCUCUGAUAUUGUUCAGGGGGCGGGGCCACAUGGGGAGGCGGGCCGUAGUUUGGGGACCACUGGGCUAAAGCGAGCACGUCUUGUCCACCUCCUCAUAUCUUUGUGUUCAUCCUCCAUCUGAGAGAGUGUUCUCCACGGCUGGAGACACAAUAAGUCCUGAGAGAUCGCGGAUCCUCCCGGAGAAAGCAGACAUGCUUAUUUUUCUGCACAAGAAUUGUUUAUGAUCCAAACAAUUGAUGGUUGCACACUUGGUAUUUGCCACUGCUAGUUUCAUUUUUGGCAGCGCAGUUCAUAUACCCUUUUAAAAAAAGGAAGGAGCACUGUAAUCUCUAGGAACAUGUUUAAAUUAAACAGAAUACAUUUUAUUUAAGUUAUCUAUGUUUAAUUUAAAUUCAAGAGGAAUAUGUAUAAAUGUUUUUGGUUAUUUAAAAAAAUAUAAAUGUGUAUGUAUACAUACUGUAUAUGGUGUGCAGCAUAAUAGAAAAUUAUAUAAAAGAAAAUUAAUGUAAAUAAACCCGUUUGUGCUCUUUUUUUCACCCCUUGCCCAAUAAGAAUCGAUAAAAGAAUCGAUAAGGAAUCGAAUCGAUAAGCAGGAAUCGAUAAGGCAUCGGAAUCGUUAAAAUCUUAUCAAUUCUCAUCCCUACUAAUAUA